AUGGCCGAUCAAAAUGAGAUCGACCUAGACUCGGUCAUCGAUCGCCUGCUCGAAGUCCGCGGCUCUCGUCCUGGGAAACAAGUUCAACUGCUCGAGGCAGAAAUCCGUUAUCUGUGCACAAAGGCACGCGAGAUCUUCAUUUCUCAGCCAAUACUGUUGGAGCUGGAAGCACCCAUCAAGAUCUGCGGUGAUAUUCAUGGACAGUACUAUGACCUACUGCGCCUGUUUGAGUACGGCGGAUUCCCUCCCGAAGCGAACUACCUCUUUCUCGGCGACUACGUCGAUCGAGGCAAGCAGUCUCUUGAGACCAUCUGCCUGCUCCUAGCAUACAAGAUCAAGUAUCCUGAGAACUUCUUCAUCCUACGUGGCAACCACGAGUGUGCCAGUAUCAACCGCAUCUACGGCUUCUACGACGAGUGCAAACGCCGAUACAACAUCAAGCUGUGGAAGACUUUUACUGACUGCUUCAACUGCUUGCCCAUUGCGGCCAUCAUCGACGAGAAGAUCUUCACAAUGCACGGCGGCUUGAGUCCCGACCUCAACUCUAUGGAGCAAAUACGUCGCGUUAUGCGCCCCACCGAUAUUCCCGACUGCGAGUUCGAUAAUGCUGGCGCCAUGAUGAGUGUCGACGAGAGUCUCCUGUGCUCAUUCCAGAUCCUGAAGCCCGCCGAGAAGAAGCAGAAGUACGUUCUAGGCUCCAAGAGCUCCAAACCCAACACCCCGCGCAAAGGAAAAUGA